AGGAGAAGCAGAUCACGUGACAUUGUGUUUCUGUUCAGCAGAGGCUGGUCUGUGUGCGUAUGUGUGUGUGAGCUCAUACAGACGGACACACUGGAGGACAGUUGCUGAGUCAGUGUGUGAGAAGACUCUUCCUCUGUUCUCUCCUCUCUGUUACUCACAGGGACUUGGUAAUUAAUACAAAAAAUGGCAAGAAAUCUUCUCAAAAAUCCAAAUGGAGAUGAGGGGCUGGAAUUCUGGGAGUUGACGGAGAACGGUGGAAACGAGUGGUGCGUGGAGGACAUGCCCGGAGACUGUGGACAUGAGUUCAGCAACGAGGCUGUAACCAAAUACUUCUGCACCUCCUUUGAAAUGUGUCUUAAGAGUCAGGUGAUUGAUCUCCUGGAAGAAGACUACGCUCCUUAUGACUUGGACAAUCAGCCAGCUGUCACAGUUGAGGACUGGUACUGUAGCCGAACAGACUGUGGCUGUAUAUACCAGCUAUCCGUUUGUCUCCUGGAUGAGAAUAAGGAGGUUUUGCAGGAGUACAGGCCCGAGACGGUGACUCUCGACCCUGACAUUGACGACUGCUCGUGGAGACAGGUGACCCACACGUUUUGUGAUUACGGCCCGGGUUUGCGCUUCAUCUCUUUUGAGCACGGUGGAAAGGACACUAAAUACUGGAACGGCUGGUUUGGAGUGAGAGUGACCGGGAGCUCCGUCACUAUAGACCACUAAAAGUCCACGGCUGAGGCACACAGAUCUGAUAAUAGCCUAACGAUGAUCUAGAGCAGUGGUUCUCAAAGUUGAAGUGAGAGUGUAAACCAGGCUUCCACAUGAUCCGAUACAAUAGGAUACGGUUUCCAUUCUUAAGGCAACAAGCCUAAAUUUAACAAUGUCACUGAAUCUACUACAAUCUGAUACGAUACUCUAUGACAAAGUAUCCUUUGACACAUGACCAACUUUGUUCAGAAUCUCAAGCUCAAAUCCAUGAUCCUGAGAUCAAGAGUCCUAUGCUCUACCAACUGAACUAGCCGGGGUCCAUAGUAAUAAAUAAUUCUAUUUAUUUUAUUUUUUCUAUUUAUAAUCUUUUAGAUAAUACUUGAUUUAUGCUCAUUAGGGUCCCUGGAGGACUAGUGGUUAGGCCACACACUCUCACCACCGUAGUAAGGGUUUGAUUCCCGGCCAGGGAACCAACCCCAGUGCAACAGUACGCUCUCAGUGCCAGUCCCAAUCCCGGAUAAAAUUGGGGAGGGUUCCAUCAGGAAGGGCAUCCAGUGUAAAAACUGUGUGGACCAAUGAUCUGCCGUGGCGACCCCUAAUGGGAGUAUCCAAAAGAGGAACAACAACUCUAUGAUCAUUGAUUUAUCAUUAUGAUUUAUGAUCAUUGAACCUUUUCCAUUGAUGCAAGAUCCAAAUUGUCCGAUCACUAGACCCCUUCCGUGAAGCAUAGCCUGUGAUUUUUUUUAAGAUCAUAUAACACUUCAAUAAUCCCAGAUGGGAAAUUCUAGUGUUACAGCAGCAGGCAAGAGAAAAUAGAGAAUAUAAGACACAAAAGACAAUAUAGCAGCAGAAGACUAUUAAUACAAGCUAAAAUAAUCAACUAUGCAAAAUGAGAUGGAAUAUAACCAGAUACACUUGUUAAAAAAGUUGUUCUUACAGUGGUGAAAAUCACAACCAUUAUCAAAAUAUGUAUUACUGAGUUUCUGUAGUUUGACUGUUCAGCUGAACUUCUAAAUCUAAAUGAAAAUUGUAAUGAAAUUAAAUAAUGUGUAAUGAGUUCUGUCAGUGGAAAGUUCACAAAUAAUAAGAAUAAAAAAAAAGCUCCAAUAAACAGCCAAAAAUUAAACCUGUUAUUAAAGUGGUCCCUGGCUGCAGAAAGUUUGAGAACCACUGAUCUAGAGGUUAUUUAGUUAAAUUUAUCUGAGUCGCUUGCUGUGCUUUUAGCAUUCUGCACACACACACACACACACACACACACAGGACUGGGCUUUUAUGUGAAGGUCAAUCCUGCAUAGAGCGUGAAGUGUGUAUGCAUUGUGUAUUGUAUAGACUGAGAGAAAAAGCCUUACUCUUAUUACUGCUGCAUGUGUGUAUCUAUUAACAGCUACCUCUACUCAUCGGGUCAUUUAUUAAUAAUAAAACACUGUCUGCUAACACACACCAGUCAGACUGAAAAGCUCUUAUACAUAAACAUACACUACAUCGGUUCCUGACUGCUAGUAAAAGAAAAUAUGACCAAAUAAAAAUGUAUGACACGUUU